AUGCAAUCGGAAUCGCCCUUUUCUGUCCCACCGCCACAAGACACAGACACAGAGUCCACGACCAGCAGCGAAAGCGUCAGGGGUAAGUCCUCGUCCCGUUCCUUGUCGGCGUCAUCCAGCGGUCGACGGUCGGGUUCGCGGCGGUCUCGCCGAGGCAUGUCUUCUGAGCGGGAGAGCAAGCGCCGUCCGGCUACUCGGAAGAACUAUGCAGAUCAUGUCCCUAUGUUUCCGAACCUGCGGCGCCCGACGACGAUUUUGCUUGACCCCUUUCCAAACCGUCGCGUGCGGUCCGUGUGUAUUGCGGGGGGGAUGCUCGUGACGGCGCAUCGCAACGGUAUACGCAUAUACCGUCAGCGUUACCUCACCGCCUUGGACGUGGCGGACAGCAGACGCGGCGAUGGUGGCAGACUUGACGGCGACAAAAAUACUGGCAGCCGUAAUACUAACAGCGGUGAUAAUUGUGCUACCGACGUGCGGACUGGGAUAUGGGACGUUGUUGAGAGUCGUGACAGCUUCCAGCUGCGGGAUGCGUAUCUUUGUGUCGGUGCAGAGUCGGCAUUUAGCCGAGAACGCGUCCUCCCGCUGAGAUGGAAUCGAUACCUGGCUGUUGCAUCUGGUAGCGAUCGUACACGCUUCAGCGUUUGUGUGCUAAGCACUGCCGCUCAUUUUCUGCUGCAUCACGAGUUACACGCAAAGAACCGGGUGGUGGCGCUCCAUUUUGCCCUUGUCGCGGUGGGACCGAACUCGGGCAGCAGACGUUACCAGCCACUUGUGGUGAGCGUGGACGAAGUGGGCGAGGUGGUAAUCUUUGACAUCGAGAAGGAUCGUGCGGUGAAGCUGACUGUGCCCACGACGACCCCUACGGUUGGGGCCACACCCGCCAGCGAAGCACUCACAGCUAACAUGCCAGAGGACAACGAAUCACCGGAGGCCAUCCCUUGCAAGGAAAACGCCAACAAUAAUAAUAAUAUCAGUAGUAGUGAUAAUAAAGGAAACGAUAACAGUAUCAACGGCACCGAUGGUGGUGACACGUGCAGUGGUGCGGGCCACCACGAUGUUCCACUGCCUUGCCCCAAUAAAUGCAACACUGCAUUAACAUUGCAGACCUCAAGAAGCACCUAUAGUGGUGGCGCUGGUGGGGAAACUUUUAGCGCUUUCUCACUGCGAGCAUACCGUCUCGAUGCCGGCCUGGCCACAAAUAUCGCUUUGCUUGGCCCUUGCCAGGUGUAUUGCAAGCAUUGUUGCAAUGUAUCCGCCGUGCCUGGGACUUUUGUCAUGAGCCUGUACAUUUCUUCACACGCUCAUGGUGUGGAGGGACAGGCGGAAAUGCAUGUUUCGCAUCUUCGCUUCCGUUGGUGGCUUUAUUCGCCACGAGCAGUUGUGCUUAGCGAGACCCCUAUUCUGCGAGAAGGGGCACCAGAAGAUGUAUGCGAUAUUGGUGUUGCAAUGUUGCGCAUUCCGUUUUGUGAGGAGCUACCGCCGAGCUUCACGAUUGGCCGUCCGCGGCUUCGUUUUUGGAGUUUGAGCGGUUGUACAGGAAGCCUUCUGCAUCUGCACCGCGUGUACCAUGACAAGGGCGGGAGUGGGAAGGGGGCACGAACGGUGAAUGAGCAUUUCCUGCGUGUGGUACCGCUUGGUCGACAGAUUCUAGUGCAGGACGUCAACACCUCGUGGUUCUGCAUUGCUGCCCUCACUGAUGAUGAUGUCAUUCUCUUGCUGGGGAAAGAGCCACGACCAGUGGGCCGCAGCGCGCCUUUACAUCAGCACGACCCGUCCGCUUCUGUGCCUGUGGUGGAUGGGCGAGACUCACUAGAGACGUGGCUGAGCGACGUGGAGGAAGCGAAAGAGGUGGCACCGUCUCAAACGAAGCCACAACCGAAGCUGCUGGGGUCCACCAUCGCAGACACGGUGCCGCUGCCGCGUACAUCUUUCUCGCAGAUGUUCAUGGACCCUAAUCAUGACUACACAGUGCUCAUGAUGCUGACGGCGCCAGGGACUCUUGGGGUGAAGACCAAUUCAAACCAAGACACUGUCAUCCCCCCCACACGUAUACUGCUGUUUGUGCCGCAUAGCAAUGAGUUGCUCUUUUUCAUGGGAGGAUGUGACGAUAUCCACUCUAUUUACUUGCCGUUUGUAAGAACCGUGGCGCCUGGUGACGCCACAGCGAAGUCUACGGAGAUGGCAACGAUCCAAAAGUUACAGAAGACGUCACCGGUCGCUUCAAGUGGAUGGAUGGAGGCUGCACUCAGUGCGAGUCAGUUGCUUGAUCUAAAGAUAGCACGCCCGUUGAUGUCUGCCAUGUGGGUCCUUGCAGGGGAGGUUGGGGCUGAUGAGGAGUCACUCCCGCCUUUGUCGCCAACCCCAUUACCACCUUCACCUCAAGCAGUAACAUCACAGCCACAGCCUCAGCAGCAGCAGCAACUUGAGACACCGGCGUCAACGGGUGGAGAGGAAGAAGGAGGGAGGAUGUUGUCAAAUUCACGGAAUGUUAUGAAUGUCCACAUCGGCGGCGACGGUAGCCCAACCUCAUGGAAGAAGAAACGCCGCAAUGAUGCGAGGUCGAUGGUGCAGGAGAAUGACCAAACUUCAGGCAAUGAGGAUGAUAUGCGGAGAGCCUACAUUGAAGAAGAGUGGCGCAAGCUGCUGAAUACCCAGCACUGGAGUGGGAUGAAGACAUAUUGGCAAAGGGGAGGUGUAUGUGCAGAGUAUGCGGGUAUGCUGAAACGGCUCACUACAAUGGAAGAGCCAUUGGAGCGCAACACCAUUGUGUAUGAAUGGAGUGAUGCACAUGAUGAUCUCUAUCUGCAAUUUAUACAUGAGGGUCUUGAGAUUGUAGAGGCAGAGAAAACACGCGACACCACACUUGGCGUUUCUACAUCGCAACACACGCGCUAUGGUAGUCUUCGUGAUUGCGUGACUUUGAGCGAAUUUACGCGAGGUGACCACUCUGCGGGUUUUAUGCGGGCGUUUCGUGACGCCCAGUGGCGGCGGCAGCAGCUGCAUGACAAUGGCGGGAUCUUCAACUUCGCGGAGUACUUCUCCAGCCUUGCUGUGCCGCAGCGGCUGUUAGACAUGCAGGAGGAUGACCGUUGCCGCUUUGAGCUGGCGGACCUUAAGGCAUCCUUUGAGGAUGACAUAAAGAAGUUUAAUGAGGUGGAAACGGUACUGGUGUACGAGAAUCAGGAGCGGGUGGUGUCCAAAAAUGGACUGAGGCGGUGGGCGCCGCACCCCACCUUCCCGUUCGACGACGAAAACGGGGAUGUGAUCGACAUCGUAUCGCUCAAUUCCACCGCCACAAUUCGUACUCCGCUGACACUGGUGUCCCCCACGGUGGUGGAUGCUGCACGGCGGUUCUCAGUGGGUUGGCGCUGGGCGAGUGAAAUGACGGAUGAUCAUUCAUCGCGGGUGGGUGGGAGUAAACUCGUUCGCAAGGAACUGCAAUCGUGGCACGUGGGGGAGUGGAUGUACGCCACGCGGUGGCCCAAGCGUGAGGAGGAGGCGCGAGGGACGUUUCAGUGGAGCGCCUCCGAUAACGCUGGUUUGGCCAAAGUUCGUCGUCGUCACCUGACGCGCAGCCGCAUCAACGUGGCUAUUGAGGCGGCCAAAGAGGCAAGAGAGCAGGAGUACAUGAAGAAGCUCGAAGAGCUACGCAGGGAGCUGGAUCUGUAG